UUCAACUUUCACUUUUCUGUACUCAUCCUAUUUGUUCAGUUUUUAAAUUUAUAAAUUUCAACCACUCAUCAUAUCAGCCAUGUCCCAGAGUCCAGAGUCAUCGGCCAAGACAGAUGAGCCAGCUAGCGCUGCGGGGAUCAGCAGUCGCAUCAAGGCAUCGUUGACGAGUGGAAUGUUGAGCGAUGUCUCGUUUACCGUGGGUCGUCAGCACGGCGAAGUGAAGACAUUCCCUGCUCACAAAUACAUUCUGGGCAUCAGCAGCGAAGUGUUUCGCACCAUGUUUUAUGGAAGCUGGGCAGGGAUUGGGGAUCAGUCGGUCGUGGAUAUUCCCGAGAUCCAUCCGGAUGCCUUUGCCAACAUGCUCAGUUACAUGUACACCGACCGUGUGGAGAAUCUGAAUGCGGAAAACGUUUUCCCGACCAUGUAUUGUGCGGACAAGUAUGACUUACCGUCGCUAGUGGAUUUGUGCUGGGAUCUGGUUCGAAGUCAGCUGAACACCGACACAUGCGCCAUGUUUUUGGACAGUGCACUAUGUUUUGGUCCUGCUGACAUUGUCAACCGUUGCCUGGAUGUCGUGGAUGCGUCCACUGACGACGUUCUGCAGUCCGAACAUUUCAGCGACAUCUCGCAGAACACUUUGAUGACCAUACUGCUGCAGGCUGCACGUAACCGUCGUAACCGUCGUGCUACCGCGAACGUUGUUUAUGCUGCUGUGGAAAAAUGGGCCGUGGCGGCUUGUCAGGACAAGGGUCUGGAGCCUUCCGGUGCUAAUCGACGGGAAGUGUUGGGCGCUGCUCUUAACUUUGUCCCUUUCACCAUGCUGACCGGUCCUGAAUUAUCUAACGGCCCCGCCCAGACCGGGUUACUGCUUGCCACCGAGCUAUUGGGAGUUUUUGUGUACAUAUUCUCGGAAACCGCAUCGGCUCUUCCGCCUCAUGAACGAUCUCAAAUACCGUUGGAGUUCACUAAGAAAAAAGGGUCGCUUUCAGACGAUGAAAACGAACGGGAUAAUCUACAGGACGGCCCGUGCUCUUCUGAUCGGGAGGAAGAGGACACGGAAGAGUCUGAGGAAGAAGAAGAAAUACCGCUGGAUGUGCUGUUUGAGUCGGAUCUGGUAACGGAUGAAGAGGAUGAUGAUGAUUACGAGCCGCAAGAGGAAAGUGACGAUGACAGUGACAGUGAUUCAAUGGACGAAUGGAAAGAUGAAGAAGGGGAAGAAUAAUUUUUCAAACGGCGGAUUCCAUGAAAGUCUGAAGAAUUCUCAGCUUUUUUCUGAGCUUGCCACGAAGACCAACAUGACUUAGUUUUUUCCCUGUGGAAGAGUUUGUGGUAAUAUUGUCUUUCUGAUGUUUUAAUUUUUUAUCUAUGUGUAUGCUUAUUUGCCAUUGUAUGUAUAUUGUCUUGUGAUUAAUUUUUCAUAUUAUAGAAACUUUUUUCAGUUUUGAUGGCUUAGGCAUUAAUCUUUUCACAGCAUUUAUCGCCAGCGAUAACAGCUUGAACACGGUUGCAAAUAAAAACACA